UCUUAUAUGCGCUGCCGUCAUUGCAAUGAGGGAUGUGUGGAUUCUUCCAGGAUCUCUUUAUUGUAAUACUGUACAAAGUACUGAACGGGCAAUUAAGAUGCAUUAGGUUCAAAAAAACCAAUCCCUCAGUAAACUGAAGUUAUGCAUUUGAGACUCCACAAUUUUGGACUCGCUUUGGGUGCCUGUGUUUCAGAUUUGCCCACUGAUUUCCAAGUGUGUGGCUUAAAUAUCAAAUGCAGUGCCACGUAUGCACCAUACAUUCUGGCUAGGUCUAUCUCUUACAUUAGCUAGUGCCCUGCCUCCAUCAACUUGAAAGAUAUUUUCCGUCCUGUGUCUAAAAGUAUAGACAUUAAAAAUCAACACAGCUGUGGCUGCUUAUACUGAGGCGGUUGGACAGUUGCUUCUACUGUACUGCUUUGUGAAUCAAGACUUAGCUUAAUCUAUACACUGUUUUGUACUGUGUGCGACGGAGAACUCCAUCGUUGUCGUUUUCUGGGCUUUCCUGUGACAUGCCAAAGAGAGCAACACAUUGAAAUAUCGCUCGUAUUCAUUAAGUCUAAAAAAAUUCUACAUAAAAUUCGAGCGUCAACGACGUGUCGGAACCGGCAGGAGCUUCUACUGUUGCCGAUGCCUCUUUCUGAGGCGUCUCCCAGCAUUACUCUAAGGCGCACCGCGCAUUUCCAAGCGAUGACCCGGCCAAAGGGGCGCGAUCCGGCUUUGCCUGGGCGCGGUGGGGCUACGCUUUCGAUUUCCUCCUGGAGAAGCCGGCGUGGCUCGACCCAAUGCCGAACUGCAGAUGCAGAAACAAGAAGCGAGCGAGCUGAACAGCCGGAGGGAGCAGCUGGCUGGGCGGGUGAAAGAAAUGAACACACCCGCACCCACACGGUUGCAGCACUCCGGGUCUAGUGAGGAGGAGGAGAGGAGAGAAGAGCGGGAACCCGAGCCCUCGCUAGAAAGACGCCUGGGAGGAGCGGGAGUCGCUGGGCCCUGGGCCCACAUCUCUGCUCGUGCUUUUUCCCCGCCUGGGGCCACAGAAAGCCUCAACAUGUGUGCUGCUUCUGAGUCUCCCUCCAGACCAAUAGAGACGUUUGUCUUUCUGGACCUAGAGGCAACUGGUUUACCACCCUCGCGACCUAAAAUCACAGAACUGUGUCUCUUUGCUGUGGCUAGACAUGCUUUCGAGAAUCCUCAGUACGACAACCUUGAUUCUAAACGAAUGCCUCUCUUCCCUCGUUUAGUAGAUAAGCUAUGUUUCUGCAUUAAUCCAGGUAAGCCCUUCACCCCAGCAGCAAGUUCCAUUACAGGACUGAGUAAUGAAGAGCUUGCCUGGAACAAAAAGCAAAGCUUUAACAUACAUGUUUUGCACAUGAUUACAGCCUUUUUCAAUCGGCAGUCCCCGCCAAUCUGUUUGGUAGCACACAAUGGCUGUGGUUAUGACUUCCCUUUGCUGAAAGUUGAACUCUCUGCCCUGGGUAUCUCAGGCCUUGAUGACAUCUAUUGUGCGGACACUCUGAAAGCUAUGAAGACUCUGGACUGCAAGAACAACCAACUUCACCAGUUUCUGUACCAAGCUAGCCCAUUGCGCAGCAAGAAAAAAUAUAGCCUUCGUGAUUUAUAUUAUAGGUUCUACAACGUCUAUCCUCUGAACAGUCACAGCGCAGAAGGAGAUGUCAUGACACUCAUAAGUGUCUUUCAGCAAUGUGCCACAGAUCUUAUAUGUUGGAUGGAUUCAAAUGCAAGGCCUUUUAAUACUAUUAGAGCCAUGUAUGAAGAAAACGAGAAGUACACUUCCUUUCCCCAAAUACUUCCCAGUUCCUUACAGAUGCAGCCGCAGCAAAGAGGAGUAACAAUCAGUUCAUUCAAUUCUGGUGAUACUAAACUAGUGGAUAGUAAAUUUAUCCCACUCCACAACAAAAUUACUGACCUUCCUGAUGAAAUUAAGAAUGUGUUGCUUUUGUUUCUUGGGUUAAUAAUAGUUACGUGGAUUGCACUCAAAACUCCUGUGUGAUCUAGGAAGAUACAAUUGCACAGGAAGUUAAAAGCUGCAAAAUCACAUUUUUUUCAGCGUUCAUUCUUAUAUAAUUGACUCACAGUUCUGUUGUAUGUAUGUAUUUGAAUUUAACUCAUGAUUCUGACAGGUUUUUUUUCUUUAACUGGCAUUGUAAAGGUAGUGGCUUUUGCCUAAUUUUUGUUAACUAAUCAAUACAAAUAUCAAAAAGCAGAAUGUAAAAAUAGAAAAAUGAAAAUCUGUAGAAAAUGUAAGGUCUGGAAUAUGCUGGCAUUUGUACGAAGCAGGCAGCACAACACCAGGACUAGUAAAGCAAAGGAUAGGUUAUUACAGUGAACAGGCCAGUAAAAAGUUUAAAAGCACAGGUGCUUAUUGUAAGUCCCCUUAGCUUACCCUUUGACUUCAUAAAGUGAGUUGAAAAAUGUAAGCAGUCAGCUCAAUCUGUAUCAAAAACUAAACAGCAAAUCUGUGAUUUCAAAACUACACCAGCCUCAAAAUGUUUUGCAUCAAGCAGGAAUAGCUUACAAUAUGCUAGACCAGGGAAAAACCCUUUUCUGUACCAACUAGUGUUGAAAAUUACAGUUUAGCUCAGAGGAACCAAGAAAGCCUGGCAGGGAUGGCUGAUGAUGUUGUAGUUCCUGCUAAUCACCAAGUCCCCAGGUUUUGGCUCUUGCAGAGCUGACUCCACUACACCAGUGCAGUUCACCAGGAGAAACAGAAGCAACCACGC